AUGCGUCGCCCUUCGGCAGACCUCACCGACCCUUCGCGCAACCUGGAGGAGUCGGUCGGCUCGCCAUCAUCAAACAUGGAUGCAGCAGAUGUCGACUUGUCCAUGCCCCCGACCUCCGACGAUGACAUAGAAGAUGCAGAUGAUGGCCGCAUCUUCACCCCGCCUCCGCACAUCGCCGCCCGCUUCUACCGUCCGUCUCAGGCUCGUCGCAAGGACUCUGCCGCCUCGUCACGCCGCAACUCCAUCUCCUCUGCACAUUCCCGCUGCUCCUCGACCCAGGCCUUCAAUCGUCAUGGUGCCCCUCAGAGCAAGCAAAUCGCACAGCACCUCCGGCGCACGUCCUUCCUCGAAGAUCGAAAAGCACGGCUCGCCGAUCGAGCUGCCCAUGCUGAAAAGGUUCGCCUGAGAGCCGCCAUGGCCAAGGCCACCCACCGCGAUACCUCCCUCUCCGAAGAACGAGCCUUGGCUGCUCAGCAAGCCCGCGAGAAGAACCUGGCCGAAAUAGUUGCAUCUUGUGCCGAGGAGGUCAAGAGGGCCAAGGCUGUGGCCGAGACCAUGAAGGAUAAGAGGGAACGCGAGCUCGUCAAGCUCCGCAUACAGAUGGAGGAGCGCCUGGCCGAGGCCGAACGCCGGCGGGUGGAGCUCAAGAACCGUAAUGCUACCAAGAGGGCGCGAGGCCAGAGUUUGAUGUCGCGGAAGCCAACCGAGACGUCAUCGAACGCGGCCGAAAGUGAUGACACCCCGCUGCUGAGUGAGCACGACGCGGCCGCAAGGCUGCAAUGGUGGUGGAAGGGCCUCAUGAGGAAGAAGGCCGUCGCCGAGUUCUCCGAACUAGGGCUUACCAUUGAAGGUGUGCGGGAUACGUCCUUUGAUGAGGUCCUGGAGCUCUUGGGUCAGGAGAAGGUUCUCGUACGCACCGCCCGCGUCCUGCGCAUCUGCGGUUUGCAGGAGGGCGAGACAGGGUCUGUCGAUGAGAUGGCCGCCGUCCGUACAUUCCUCAGCGCUUUCCUCAUCUUGGGUCAUCCCACCCAGGUCCUGAGCAACAAGGACGGCACGGGGGACAGGGAACAGGUUGGAUCAUCGCAGCCUCAACCGUUGCCCCGUAACGACCUUGCUAAUCCUCAGCUGCAGGACCUCGUGACGAAAGCCCGAGAUCUCCUAAUAUCUUUCGAGAAUAUCAUGUCACGGCUGACCGCUGCCAAUAACUGCACCCCCCCGCCAACUCUGCGCAUUGCACUGCCCGAGAUUUACGCCACUUUUUACAACGCGUUCCUCGCCUGGAAGUCUCGCGAUUCAGAGUCCCUCGUGCAGCUGAUGCUCUUACAGUUUGUUGAGCUGGACAUGAUCUUGCAGACGGUCCAGGAAAGCACCGACGACGCUGCCGCAGAGCAGUAUCGGGAGAGCAUCAAGAGCAACCAAGUCCAGCUCAUUGUGCGGAUCAAGAAACUCGCCGGUCAGGAGAGGGGCAAGAAGAUGAUUGCAGACGCCGUCCGCAAAGCACGCAAGGCGCGGGCGGCCAAGAAACCCACUGGCGACAUGAAGCCCCGCGUUGCAGAGAACGCUGCGGGGGAGGCCUCUGCCACUGCCGAGAGUCUCGUGUCUCCCGAGUUGCAGACGCUAACGCCGCCGCCGACGCCGGCCAAGGGACACACGAAUCCGCAACCCAUUGAGAUGAAACCCGGCUUCAGUGGCCUGCUGCCCGACAACAGGAUUGUGGUUCAUGAGCUUGCCAUCAACCGAGAGUACCGUAUUCCAGCCAGCGAGUAUCGGGAGCACCGUACUGCUCUUCAAAUACCCCUGUUCGCAGGCAUGCGAGCUAGUAUGGAGGAAGACAACCUUGGCGCCAGCUUUGGCUACUUCAUCGUUAUGAUGAGGUACUUCAAAGACAACCUGCAGCGGCUAGUGAAGGCAGGCGCAUACAUGCACAACACAAUCGGCGAGAUAUUGGACACGGAGGUGGCGGAGCGCCAGUUCCAGAUCGGCAGUUUCUCUUACGAAAAGUUCUUCGUCUCCAUGGCGUCUCUCCUGCCCAAGUUGUGUGCGCCUUUCCGCGAUGACGAGGUCAAGGACUUGGUCGAUAACAAGCUCCAGAACGGAAGCUUGGUUGACCGGGUCGAGGCGCUGACGGAGUUUGUUGAUCUGAUGCUCUGCGACUACGUCAACUACAUGUUCUCGACGGCAGCACCGCAGCUCAUCGAGUCUGCUCCCGAGUACGAGAAGAGGAGGUUCGCCGCCGCCUUGGAGACGGGGCAGCACGGAUUGGACGCUGCAGAGGUGGCGUGGCGAGCAGCACGCUCCAAGGUCCUGGCCGAAGCCCGCAAACGGGAUCCCGAGGGUAUCAACCACCCAAGGUCCCGGCCAACAGACGACAAGAUUUACGCACAGCUGCUUGUUGACUGUUUUACCCAGCCCGCACCCAUCGCCGUCGGUACGGUACCCGAGAUGCUGGGCCUGGACUACAAGCGGAUGACGCGGUUAUCCCUGGCCUCGCAGCGAAUUGUCACGACGGGAGCCAUCCUGCUACAGUGCAAGAAUCUUCUCAAGCGGGACGUACGCACACCAUGGAAGACGGAGGCAACGCGCAUCACAGCGGUUCUCGAGGCGGACCACGAGAACAUGGGUUCAAUCGUGCAGGGCGUCAUGGCGGCGCUCGAGGGCGGUCGGUCUAUGCCAGCUGCAACCAAGACGCACCUAAAGGCGUUGGUGACCAAGGUGCUCAACGCGAGCCAAGACUCGAUGAGGAAGAGCGUCGAACCGACGGAGCCGGUGUUGCGACUUCUCCUGGCCCGUCUCCGAGGCCACAUGAAUACCAGACUGACGGCAGGAUCGGCCAAGGAGAAGCUCAACGCGGCGACGACGGCGCACGAGAAGCUGGCCGGGCUGGGCCUAGCCGAAUUUGCGGUGCAGGUUCGAGAGAUGCUAGACGAGAUCUCCAAGGUCGGGGCCGUGGACAGAGCGGCUCACGGGUCGUGGUGGAACCAAGUGGCGGCCAAGGUGGCAGCGGAAGACGGGGCGGGCAACGGAAGCCCGUCUUGA